AUGCAGAAACCAUCGAAUGGUUGUGUCAUUUAUGAUCUUUUUCUGGAGGGCUGUCGGUGGGACGGAAAAUAUGUCGUUGAAUCUUUUCCAAAACAAUUAUUCACCCAGAUGUCACCGAUUUUCCUAUUACCGGAAGUUGACCAUGCAAUUCUACCUUAUGGAAUUUACAUAUGUCCUUUAUAUAAAACUAUUGAGCGCACUAGAACGCUGAGCACAACGGGACAUUGCACGAACUUCGUUCUAGCAAUGGAAAUUCCUACUGACAAGUCACAGUCUCAUUGGAUAAAAAGGAGAGUGACGUUGAUAUGUGCCUUGGACUAUUAG